AUGAGAGUUCGUUCGAGAAAUUUUCAGGGAAUAGCAACAAGUAGAAUUAAGGGCUCAAAAAUUGGAUCCGUUCACGAUAAGGUCUGGGGCUCUGGGUUUUCCAAGGGGGUAAAAGACCUGAACAAAAAUCAUUACGGCCGAGUGGCCGACGAACAGAAUAUUUUUGGACUGAUUGGCAAUUCAAGCUGA